CCCCUCGUCACCCCAUCCAGAAUCAAGCUCAUCACAAUAUCCCGACCAUCGCAUUCUCAUAACUCUUCUUAAAAUGGCACCAAACCCCGCUUCGGCCUUCUCCCGGCUCAUCGCCUUACUCAGUGCACUACGCGCGGUGACCCCGCAUUCCACGGAGUCGCCUGUCAGCAUUCUCUGGACUAACAUUUGCAUCGUCUUCUUCCCUCUGGCGUCGGGAUUCAAAUUCUACAACAAGCAAACAGUUCGGCACCCGAAUCAAGAGGUUGACUGCGUCAUACUCCAGGUUUCUGCAGUGACCUCGUCUUUUACGGACCCGCAAGAGAAGGUGAUUCGGAUUAUGCAAUGCAAGCGGCCGAGCAAAGAUACUCCGGAAUGGGAGUCUGCAAGGGCUCAACUGGCGCAGUAUUGUGAGGGGAAUGCGAAUCGAACAAGUCGCAUCUUCGGAGCUACGGCAAUCGGCACCAAGGUUAGGUUCUGGAGAUAUGAUCAUCUGAUACUCGCGCCUUUGAUUCCGGAGGUUGAUACUUGUGAUUUUGUUGAUGGGAACUCUGGAUAUCAAGCGGAGCGGUGUUUGGAGUAUAUUCGCGGUACUGGCUGGGAUUGGGCGCAGUCAGGUGUGAGGCUACCUUCUGGAGGUGAGGGGGGUUCGGACUAAGUCUGCUUGGCGGGGUAUUUCUUCUUUUUUAUCAUGACUUCUUGAAGGUAUAAAGCAAGUCACUCGACUUCGCGCAAUCAGCCAUACUGUCAGCUUUUGCGAGUAUUUUGAUGUCGGGGUGGACUGUUGUUUCACCUCCAAGACUUUUGGAGUAGGAAGGUAUAAAUCACAGAUGUCAGGCUUUAUCCCAGACCGAGUUUAGGAUUAACCGAUUAACCGAUCGAAG